CUGGCGGAGAAAAGGGGCUCUGAAACUCCAGCGGAGAAAGUGCUCUUUGGUGGCCGCUCUCGGCGCCGGCUGUUGCUUCGGAGUCCGCCGGGCAGGGAGGCUGCGCUGGGCUGGGCUGCCCCGACCGGCGAGGCAAGUGAGAGGCGGCUGGAGGAGCCGUCCGGACGCCUUGACUCGAGCGGGGGGUCCCCCGUUUGCUCCCACCCGGCUUCUCCUGGGUUAAGUUGGGGUGAAUCGCUUUUUGCAGCCCCUCCCCACGACCCCCGAGCGCCUGGAAGAAGAAGCCAGGCAGGCGGCGUCCGGGCCACCGCCGGUAUUGCAACCUUGCCCUCGGUCCUCUUCCAGCAUGGGCCUCGUCUUCCACCCCCAAGAUGCCAGCUGGGAUGCCCUGUGGAUGCUCUGGGCAACCUUCGGCCUCUUCCUCCUGCCCGGCCUGGCCAGGGCCAACGAGUACGACUACGUGAGCUUCCAGUCGGACAUCAGCUCCUACCAAAGUGGACGCUUCUACACCAAGCCCCCGCAGUGCGUGGCCAUCCCGGCUGACCUGCGCCUCUGCCACAGCGUGGGCUACGACAAGAUGGUCUUGCCCAACCUGCUGGACCACGAGACCAUGGCCGAGGUCAAGCAGCAAGCCAGCAGUUGGGUGCCUUUGCUCAACAAGAACUGCCAUUUUGGCACCCAGCUCUUCCUUUGUUCUCUCUUUGCCCCCAUUUGCUUGGACCGACCCAUCUACCCCUGCCGUUGGCUCUGCGAGGCCGUGCGCGACUCUUGCGAGCCGGUCAUGCAGUUCUUUGGAUUCUACUGGCCCGAGAUGCUGAAGUGUGACCAGUUUCCCCAGGACGAUGUCUGCAUUGCCAUGACGGCCCCCAACGCUACGGAGGCUUCGAAGCCUCAAGGCACUGCUGUGUGUCCCCCUUGUGACAAUGAAAUGAAGUCGGAGGCCAUCCUGGAGCACCUGUGCGCCAGUGAGUUUGCCCUGAAGAUGAAAAUAAAGGAGGUAAAGAAAGAAAACGGGGACAAGAAAAUCAUCCCCAGGAAGAAAAAGCCUUUGAAACUGGGCACGAUCAAGAAGAAAGAACUGAAGAAGCUCGUGUUGUAUCUCAAGAACGGGGCAGACUGUCCUUGCCACCAGCUGGACAACCUCAGCCACCAGUUUCUCAUAAUGGGCCGGAAGGUGAAAACCCAGUAUUUGCUGACGGCCAUCCAUAAGUGGGAUAAAAAGAAUAAGGAAUUCAAAAAGUUCAUGAAGAAGAUGAAGACUCCAGAAUGUUCCACGUUCCAAUCGGUCUUCAAAUGAUUGGCUGGGGCUGGAAGAAAAGGGACAUGUUUUCAUAUUUUUUUUCAUUAAUAAAAUUUUAAUUUUUUUUAUAUUUUAUAUAUAUAACAAAUAUAUAUAAAAAACAGGCCCUGAACUUGCACAGACUGAUUUGGGUGGUUCAAGUACAUUUUGGCUUCUUCAACCGUUGUGGAUACUGAUGCUUCCGCCUUCUUUUCCAUUUGUGCCUUUAGAGCUUUCUCAUGUUCUUCUUGCCCGUUCCUCUGUUCCACCCAUCCCCAGUUGAGGGGUACCCACUGGGGGAGGAAGAGGGUGGGCAAAAAAGUAAACAUGGCACCUGUGAUCAUGUGAUCAAAGUCCCACCCUCUUUUUUGACACGUUUGACACAUAAAAAAGGAUAGGGCUUCGAUCAUAUGGUUGCAGCUGCUAUUUUUUAAUUUUUCUGCACCCCUCCCAAUGUCUCUGACCCAGUUAUAUCCUCAUUAGGGAAUGUUCAAAAUAUGCAAAUAUAUUUAUAUAGUUUUUUGGGGGGGGGGGUUGUGCCCAGAUCUCUCUGCAGCCAACCAGAAAAAUCAGCCAUUUGUAGCACAUCUAUUGUAGCUUUCUGAUUAGAUAGAUAGAUAGAUAGAUAGAUAGAUAGAUAGAUAGAUAGAUAGACCUGACUUUUAAAAAAAUAGUACCGUAUUUUCUGGCGUAUAAGACGACUGGGCGUAUAAGACGACCCCCGACUUUUGAGAAGAUUUUCAUGGUUUAGAAAGUCGUCUUAUACGCCGGAAAAUACGGUAUAUAUCACAUUUCACCUGUUUUUUUCUUAAGGGACCGUUCCCCAAGUCCUGCUUCAUCCUUUGUCCUGGAUUAGCUCCAUGUAGAUGGUCCAUUUUAGUCAGGGAUCAUAUGAUGCUGUCCCAGUGCUACAUAGCCAGUUGGAUUUGGCUGUGUAAUGAUGCCACUGUGUGAUAGUGACAAUGAUAACAAAUGACAAUGCACAGUAAAUCUUCACUUAGUUUAUCAGCAUUUUUUGCAAGGCCUAGCCAAGGUGUCUGUCUACAUUGUAGAAACAAAAAGAAAUGGAAACAACCCUAGAUUGUUUCAACUCGGCUCUGAAGGAUGUGUGUGUUUGUAGCAAGAAAAUUACUAGGACAGUAACCGGAGCAUUCAUUCAGGUGAUGCUAGUGGGUUUUAUCACAAGGAAGAUGUUUUCUUUAGAUGAAUGGAGUUUUUGCCUAUUGAGCAGAAGUUGCUAACGUGAACAUGUAGCCAGAACCACUUGAAAAUUUGUAGAGAUCUGGAUACAGAUGAUUUAAUCCUUAUGCUCUUCUUUCUGCACCCCCAAUAAUUAAAUAAGGGAAGGGCAGAAAGAAAAAAUGGAAAGGAGUGUUCAGUUUCUCCAAUAACCCAGUAAACAAAAGUGGAAAAGUCAUAUAAGGAUAGUUCGCGGGAUUGUGUUUCAACUGAUAAAUUUUAUUGCAGGGAAUUAAAAUUUGGGGGCACCUUUGCACAGGGAUGUCAGCUGCUUGGCCUAUGAACUGUCAAGGAUGUUGAUAUAUGAUGGCCAUGUGGGAUUUUUGCCUAUGUGAGAGAGAGAUCUAGGUGUAAAGUGACAGCUUGAGGUUUUCAGACUUCUUCUUCCUCUUCAAUCCAUCCUAAAUUGGGCCUCUGGUUGCUCCCAUUUGUUUAUAUUUGUAGAAAUGACCUCUCAAGAGCUUUUUGUUGUUGUUCUAAGAAACUUUUCUCCAAGUUGAUUACAGAUGAAUGAAUUCCAAAGUUCCUCUGAGGCAAGAACUAGCAGAAUAGAAACUACCCAAAGUUGUGCAGAGUCCUGGCAUCUGUGGCUGUUUUUUUUUUUUUUUGUCAGCUAUUGAUACCAUAAAAGAGGGAUGAAUCCAAGUUUUGAGGAAGAUCAGUUCAGUUUGAAUGGAAGACAUUGUGUGUUUUAUUUUUAAAAAAAGGAAUCCAAGAUCAUAUCAAAGGUUUAUUUACCCAUAAAUAAUCCAUAUUGACUUCCAUAAUGGCUGGUCAGAACCUUAAGAAGCUCUAAAUAAGGGACGUCUGUAAUAGCAUCCUACUGAGAAUGGCAAUGAAAAGCCUGUUCUUUCAAUAGAAGAAAUUAAACACAAAAUAAUAGGGUUGGAAGGGUCAUUGAAGGUCUUCUAGUCCAACCCACUGCUCAGACAGGAGACCCCAUACCAGGGGUAGGCAACUUGGCUCUUUUAUGACUCGUGGACUACAACUCCCAGA